AUGAUUACAACCCUACACUGGCAACAGCGUAUUGCGCUAGUCCGCCACAACCUGCACGCUGCUCAUCGCUCAGGGGACUUUACCUUCUUCAAGACCUUGCAAGCACAAGCUCUCUUCGACAAUACCAACCACGUGGCCACUCUAUCGGCCACCCUCGGAGACGAAGCAGACAGCGUUCUGUCCGGUCUCGACGACCUAAACGCAUCCAUCGCACACGUCCACGAAGACGCUUUCAGAAACGUCUACAACAGUCUCAAGACCUACCUCCACGAAUCCGGCGCCGCCGACAACAGUUGCGACGAAAAGAGCAAAGUCUUCGUCGACGUGCAGAUGCAAAAGCAGAUGGCCGAUCAUGCAAUCGACAAGGCUACUUCUUCUGCCAUUGCACUGAUCCAGCAACAACCGGUUUGCGUCCAAGAUACCGCGGCAGCCGUCUGGAUCACUGGCACCACCAUUAUUGCCGAUAGUGUGGAGGUCGUGUUGCAACAACUCGCCGCUCUGGAGAGUAACAUGCAUGACUUCAUCCGCCUGGAAGAAAGCUGGAAUGGUGUAAAAGCCAGUGUAGGCUACAGCGUUUCCGCACUCAAAGGUGUAUUCAACCUCAUGAGUGGCGAGCCAGACUCCCCCACCGUUGGAGCAUCUUCCCGCUCCUCUAGUUUCUCUGGCACGAUGUUCCGCCGCUUGUCCAGUGCUUUCGUGUCUGCUCCUGCUCCUGCAUCGCAUUCUCGCUCUUCUUCCGCUUCCGUGCCUACUUCUCGCUCUUCCUCGUUCUCUCAGCCUUCCCAUCAUAACAACAGAUCUUCUUCCUUCCACGCACCGGAGUACAAGACUCCGAACUAUUUCCGCAAUAGUGCGUCGUCUGCUUGUCCUACUUCUUUGCCUAGUGGGAGUGGUUGGAGACAUACGGAGUUGGAUACUAUUCCGCCUACUCCUGCUGCCACGGGUGAUGUUGGAGAUCAAGAGGUCAAUCCUUUUGAUACGAGUGUACCUCCUAUGCCUGAGAUUCCUAGUUUGAUGGAUAUUAGAUCUGAACAGGCUGUUAUGUGUUUGAUUUGA